AUGUAUCUUUCAAUUAUUAUUUUACCUUUAUUAGGUUCUAUUGUUUCAGGUUUUAUGGGUAGAAAAGUAGGUGUUACAGGGUCUCUUUUUAUAACAUGUACUUGUUUAAUUUUAUCUUCAGUAUUAAUGACUGUUGCUUUCUAUGAAGUAGGUCUUUGCGGUUCUCCUGUUUCUAUUAAUUUAGGAAGUUGGAUUGAUUCAGAAAUAAUGUCUAUUUCUUGGGAAUUUUAUUAUGAUCAAUUAACAGUAUCUUUAGGUUUAGCUGUUUUAUAUUGUUCCAGUUUAAUUCAUAUCUAUAGUAUUUCUUAUAUGUCUGAAGAUCCUCAUGUUCAAAGAUUUAUGUCUUAUUUAUCUGCUUUCACCGCAGGUAUGUUAGUUUUAAUAAGUGGAGGUAAUUAUUUCGUAAUGUUUAUAGGUUGGGAAACUAUCGGUGUAGUCUCUUAUUUAUUAAUAAAUUUCUAUUUUACUAGAAUUCAAGCAAAUAAAGCUUCUAUUUUAGCUUUAACUAUGAAUAGAGUAGGUGAUAUGGGAUUAAGUAUAGGAUUCUUUGCUAUUUUUUCAUUAUUUGGUUCUUUAAAUUAUUCCACAAUCUUUAGUUUAUCUCCUUAUAUGAAUGAAACAGCAAUAACAAUUAUAUCUUUAUUAUUAUUUAUGGGUGCUAUGGCGAAAUCGGCUAAUAUACCAUUUCAUUCUUGGUUACCUGGUUCAAUGGAAGCUCCUACACCAGUAAGUGCUUUACUUCAUGCAGCUACUCUAGUAACAGCAGGUAUCUAUUUAUUAUUAAGAUCUUCCCCUAUAUUAGAAUAUAGUUCUACUGCCUUAUUAGUAAUAACUUUAAUAGGAGCAACUACAGCCUUUUUUGCUGCUACAAGUGGUUUAGUGCAAAAUGAUUUAAAAAGAAUAAUAGCUUUCAGUACUAUAAGUCAAUUAGGAUAUAUGGUAAUGGCAGUAGGAUUAAGUCAGUAUAAUGUGGCUUUAAUGCAUACUGUAAAUCAUGCUUUCUUUAAAGCAUUAUUAUUCUUAGGAGCAGGUGCUGUAAUUCAUUCUUUUGCAGAUCAACAAGAUAUAAGAAAAAUGGGUGGUUUAAUAAAAUUUUUACCAUUUACUUAUUCUGUAAUGUUAGUAGGAUCUCUUAGUUUAUUAGCUACUCCAUUCCUUACAGGUUUCUAUAGUAAAGAUUUAAUCUUAGAAUUAGCUUUUGGUCAAUACACUUUUAGUGGCUUUUAUGCUUAUAUUUUAGGAACAAUAACUGCAGGUAUAACAGCCUUUUAUAGUUUUAGAUUAAUAAGUUUAGUAUUCUUAACUGUACCAAAUGGACCUAAAUUUAAUUAUUUACAUUCUCAUGAAUCAAAUUUAGCUAUUAUUAUUCCAUUAGUUAUUUUAGCUUUAUUUAGUAUUUUAUUUGGAUUUGUAUUCUCUGAUUUAUUUGUAGGGGUAGGUUCUGAUUUCUUUGGAAAUUCUUUAUUUAUUCAUCCUAAUAAUAUUUCUAUUAUUGAAGCAGAAUUCUCUUUAAAUCUUAUUAUUAAAUUAUUACCAGUUAUUUUAAGUUUAAUUGGUUCAGUUUUAGCUAUAUAUCUAUAUCAUAAUAAUCCUGAAUUUAUUAAUCAAUUAACUGAUAAUUCUAUAAGUAAAAAAAUUUAUGGUUUCUUAAAUGGAAAAUAUUAUUUUGAUGUAAUUUAUAAUCAUUAUUUUAUUUCUAAAGGAUUAUUAUUAGGUUAUACAAUAUCUAAAGAAUUGUGGGGCUUUGUCUUAGGACCUUAUGGUUUAUCUACUGCCUUUACUAAUACAGGUAAGAAUAUUGCUAAAUUAGAUACUGGAAUAGUAACAACUUAUGCUCUUUAUAUCACAUUAGGAUUAUUAUCUUUAUUAUUUGUAGUUUUCGCUCCUAUUUUAAUUGAUGUUUCAAUGUUAAGUGAAUUUAGAUUAGUUAUUAUUUAUCUGGCUUCUAUUAUAUUAGUUUUAUCUUUUCCUUCUUUAAAUAAUAAAAAUUAA